AUGGGCGGGGGACCUGGAGGAUCGGGGACUGGUGUCGCCACUGGUUCAUUAUUCUGGGCGAUAAUUAUGUCCGCCUUCGCAGCUUUUGGUGGUAUUCUCUUCGGAUAUGAUACUGGUACCAUUGGAGGUGUUAUUGCCAUGGACGACUGGUUGACAACAUUCGGUGUAUAUGACCCCAGUUCCGCGAACACGACUGGCUUCGAUUAUUACCUUCCUACAGCACAUAAAAGUCUGGUUGUCUCAAUCCUUUCUGCGGGAACUUUCUUUGGAGCUUUACUUGCGUAUCCUAUGGCGGACAUUGUUGGGCGAAAGAGGGGUAUAAUCGCUUCUUGUGGCGUUUUCUGCCUUGGAGUGGGCUUACAGCUGGAUACGCACUGGGCCGUUUUCGUGAUUGGACGUGUCAUUGCUGGCUUCGGUGUGGGACUUGUUUCAUGUUUGAUUCCUAUGUACCAGUCCGAGUGCGCACCGAAAAGCUUGCGUGGAAUGAUUGUUGGACUUUAUCAACUUGCGAUUACUAUCGGAGCAUUGCUUGCUGCGAUCGUUCUAAAUGCCACGAAAAAUGAAAUGAGCCAUAGUGCUUGGAGGACUCCCAUCGCAGUACAAUUCGCAUGGGCCGGUAUUCUUAGUGGUGGCAUUUUCCUUCUUCCUGAAAGUCCGCGGUUCCUCAUGCACAAAGGUCGCGAGGAUGAAGCUAGAAGAGCAUUGGCUCGUUUCAUGACCAUGCCCCCCGAAUCUCCUGAAGUUGAACUCGAACUUGAUGAGAUUGCGACCGCUCUUGCAGCUGAUCGCGCAGUCGCGCAAGGGUCGUAUAUUGAUUGUUUCAGGAACAAUGACUCGAAAAACGGUCUCCGAACAUGGACUGGUAUCUGCCUACAAGGGUGGCAACAACUGACUGGAAUCAACUUCAUCUUCUACUAUGGCACUACAUUCUUCCAACAAGCCGGAAUCAGCAACCCCUUCAUCAUCACUAUCAUUGCCGAUGUUGUAAACACCGUAAUGACCAUCGUCGGUGUUCAACUGAUCGACAGAGUGGGUCGUCGGCGCCUGCUGAUCAUUGGUGCUAUUGGCAUGUGUUUUUCUGAAUACAUCGUCGCGAUCGUCGGAGUAACAGUAGGGCAGACAAAAUCAAGUGUUAUCAACGGAGUAGCCAGUACAACGGCAGUAAACUUAACUGCGCAGCGGGUCUUAAUUGCUUUCGUUUGCAUUUACAUCGCAUUUUAUGCUAUCUCAUGGGGUCCAGUUGUCUGGCCUCUCAAUAUCCGUGCAAAGGCCAUGUCACUCAGUGUAGCUAGCAACUGGCUUUGGAACUUCGGUAUCGGAUACGCAACACCUUAUCUAGUCGACCCUACUACCACCGGUAUCCUCGGCGUUAAAACCGCCCACCUGGGUGUUAAGGUGUUCUUCAUCUGGGGUUCGACUUGUCUCGGGUGCUUCCUCUUCACCUAUUUCUUCAUACCCGAAGUGAAAGGACUUUCUCUCGAACAGAUUGAUCUUUUGUACCGCGAGUCUUCCAUUCUCAACUCCGAUAGGUACCGCAGACAGAUGCUGGAAGAGGGCGAGACGUACGUCCAGAAGAAGAAGGAUUACGUUGAGGAGAAAGAACGGGUCUGA